AUGGCAUAUGAUAAUGGUCUUGCUGUUGGGCUAGGAGUGGGUAUUCCUUCUGCGGUUAUUGUUCUCUUUUGUCUCAUCAUGUGGUAUAGAAAUGAAAGAAAGCAGUCGAGAGAGGAUCGGAUGGAAAAUGAGAUUGAUUUGGGGUUGAGAGAUGAUCAACUGUUCAAUCAAUUUGAGGAGGAGUUACAUAAGAAGCGUGGUGAAAGAAAUAAGUCCUCGUUAACGCAAGAAGAGGCUGGAGCAGAAGCGCAUGCCGAAAAGACAUAUCAGACUUCGUUGUCAAAUGGAUCUUCGUCCACUACAAAUUUUUUGGAUAGGAAGGUAAUAGCAACGCACCAAAAAACACCCUCAUCAUAUGAUUUCUACGAGUCUGUCAUUCCUAUAUUACCACCUAACGCCUACUAUAAUACAUCAACACAAUCUCCAGCAAGUUCGAAUAAUAACGUUCCCACAACAGACAAGGUCGCUAAUGGAAGUACUAUUUCUCCGCCCCGCAUCCCCAACGACAAUUUUGCUAGUAGCAAUGAAAGUAUAGUGGCCUCUCCUACAAUCGCAAGUAACGGUCCUGACAAAUCGCUAGAUACCUUGGCUAAGCAGUUGACUGGGCCUUCAUAUUUUGAGAAAUUACCAUCAAGAGCUGCUACCGUCAGCUUAAAGCAACGGAAUCAAAUAAUCUCCAACAAUUCGAGUAGCGAUAUUCUUACUAAUAGCUUUCCGAGCACUAAAAACUCCCAAGCACAAGAAUCAGCCUCCGAAAUUCAACUGGGCUUUUAUUCAAAGGUUCCAAAGUCCUCAACACAUAGCAACCUAGCAGAUAUUGCGAACGGUAACCAAAUGGACUCGGCGGAUGAAAUCGCUGAACCUUUCGAAGAUACGAAUGAACAUUCUGGAAUUUCUCCCUUCAGUAUUAGGAAGAAUGAUAGUCAGGAUACUUACAAACCGGAUGUCGUGAUCGAAUAG